AUGGGUGGGCUAGCCCACCCCAGAGCAAAAUCCUGGCGCCGCCACUACUCCUAUGCAAUUAAUCUUGAUAACGAAAGUUUCAGUGAAGAAAAGUCAACAGUUUUGGUACCAAAAAGCAAAAUAUUACCCGAAGAUAAAAGUGUGGUUAAAGAUGUUGAAGUAAAUUUGUCAACAAUAGUGGCUGAUGUUGUAAAAUCAAUGAAUACAAACGUUGAGAUGGUGAGUGAGAAAAGUAGUAUACCACAGAUACCAAUAGCGCAAAGUGUGACUGAAAUAAAGCAACAACCAUCAUCAAUAUUAAUGAAUUCAACUAUUAGAAAUGAUGAACAACUCGAUUUGUUGAUGAAAACGAGUUUAACAGAGCAACAGCAACCAUCAUUAAUACCUCUUUCAAAACGUGUCGGUUCAGCAUCACAUAUUCCUCAUAGGAUGGAUGAUGAUCUUGAUAUUACUACAAUCAUCAAUAAGUCGAAAAACCAAACAAUGAGUCUAAUGUCAUCAAUCUCACCAAAUAAUACUUACAGUUUAGUUGGUACAGCUAACAACGUAUUAGACUUGAUAAGAGAAGAAAAAACGAAAAAAGUAACUUAUGUCAAUCCGCAUAAUAAUGAUAUUACAGAAUUAAUAAAAAAUCAACAAAAUCAAACAAAUUUAGUUGAACAUGCUGAAAAUGAACGAAAAGAAUUUUUGAAUGCAAUAAAUACAAUUAAUUAUUACUAUUAA